GCGGUGGCUGAGGGCACCCACUCACAGAGCAGAGGUUGUCCCAGCAGUCUGUCCUGAAGAACAGUGGGAGACAGAGCCCGCUGCAAGAGCCCUGUGUGUUUGUCACCCACUCCUCCGGAUGGGCUUUCAGGAGGGCUUGGUUCGGCCCUGCCUAGAUUUAUAGCUGUGUUCUACAGGUCCUUCUUCCUGAGUGGUCUGCGGGUGAUACAGAGGUUGAUCCGGUAAAUAACCCUUGUGUCAUGGCUUUGUGUGCGCUGAUGUGGCUGAGCCUGGAUCCUCCCCUCCCUGGGAAGGUGCUCAGGGAUUUUUCCCCCUUUAUCAGUGUGCACAGCCAGCACCACAGAGGCACUGGUGAGGGGCUGCAGAGGUUUGCCUGCCCUUCCUGACCACCCCAGCCCCUGUGGGCUGCUGCCAAGGUGGGGAUGUGUCCUGUGUGUUUUGGGACACUGAGAGGGGUGGUAGCUGGGAGUCUGGGCUCUGGCAUCCUGCAGCUGGGUGGGAAUCCCUGGCAAAGUGAAACGCCACAUUUUCAGGUUGCCUGCCUGAACACCGGUUUCAUUGCUCAGUUUAUUUUCUGCUCAGUGCUCACUUAACAUCUCUAAUAUCCCAGGGAGUGGAUGUAACAGGUACGCACCUCUGUGUGGCAGGUAUCUGUGAGGUGUCCAAAACCAGCCAGACUGGAUCUGGCACUGACACAGUCCCAUUGAGGAGCUGAAUUUUGCAGCUAAUAUUAUUCUCUGUCUUCUCGCUGUCUUUGUUUCGGAAGCAAAUGGCCCUCUAGCUGCAUUGAAUUGCUCGGCUACCUUGCAUAGCCAGGAUCUAAUUACCUCUGGAGCUGGGAGCCCUGUCUCCAAGUGGCACCGAGGCUUUGUUUUUAAUGACUUGCUCUGCCACGUUCAGAGUGUGACAAUGUAGGGGAGCCUGCCAGGACCGACUGCUGGUGCCACCGUGCUCGUACUGCGACGACUGCAGCCAGGCUGGGAGAGCUAAUAGGAGUCAGAAUGUCUUGGGCCAAGUAUCUAUGGCACAGCACCAGGUCAAAAACAGAAUAAACGGGUCUAGCCAUGAGCGCAGCGCUCCACUGUGUCCUGGCAAGCAAGCUGGAUUGCAUCUUUCCCUACUCUGAUGCUUGGAAGGAGGGAAAGUGUGGCCAAAUCUGUCCCUACGGCCCCAACCUGUGGCAGGGUGGCCCCCCAGAACGGGCGAGGGGCGGCCGGGCAUGGUGAACAGCUGGGCUCUGGGCUUCCUCCCUGUGCCGCUAGCUAUCUCUGGCCUCCUGUUAAUGUUUACAAGGCAGGUCCAGUGGCGUUACAGUCUGUCCAAAGACCAGAUCCCUCCUCAUCUCUCCCUGGGAUCCUGCUUCCUGCUGGCUGGGAUAGGGCCACGGGAGAGUCACAGGGAGGAAAAACCUGGCUCCUGCUGCCUCUGUAACACUAUCGGCCCCCCUCCAGUCAUCUGCGGCUCCGCUUCCCCGCUCGCAGGCGCAGAUGAGUAAUGCCACUCGUGCCUCUCCCGCGGAGCCUGGCACGCCAGGGCCCAGCACAGCAGCCACGCUGGCCUCAGCUCUCCCACCCGCAGAUCUUGUCCUGCUCACAGCUGCCCACAAUGACUCCGAAGAUGGCCAGCAGCUUUUCCUGACCACGACAGCAGCACAGGUCAUCUCUGGCAUCUUUGUGUGGUCGGCGCUUAUCAUCACCUUCCACCAGAUCUACAGACACCUGAGGAACUACACCAUCCCCAAGGAGCAGCGCUACAUCAUCCGCAUCCUCUUCAUCGUGCCCAUCUAUGCCUUUGACUCCUGGCUCAGCCUCCUCCUCCUCGGCAGCCACCAGUACUAUGUCUACUUUGACUCGGUGCGCGACUGCUAUGAAGCUUUCGUGAUUUACAGCUUCCUGAGCCUGUGCUUCGAGUACCUGGGAGGGGAGAGCACCAUCAUGACAGAGAUCCGAGGGAAACCUAUUGCGUCUAGCUGCUUUUAUGGGACCUGCUGCCUUCAGGGUAUGUCCUACUCCAUUGGAUUCCUGCGUUUCUGCAAGCAGGCCACACUGCAGUUCUGCAUCGUGAAACCCCUCAUGGCAAUCAUCACCAUCAUCUUGCAGGCGUUUGGGAAAUACCACGACGGGGACUUCAAUGUCCAUAGUGGCUAUCUCUACAUCACCAUUAUCUACAACUUCUCUGUCAGCCUGGCACUUUAUGCACUCUUCCUCUUCUACUUUGCCACCAUGGAUCUGCUGCGCCCAUUUGAGCCAGUCCUCAAGUUCAUCACCAUCAAGGCAGUCAUCUUCCUCUCCUUCUGGCAAGGGACACUGCUUGCAAUCCUAGAGAAAUGUGGGGUGAUUCCUGAAGUUCAGAUCAUCGAUGGGAAGGAGGUGGGAGCUGGGACGGUGGCUGCUGGCUACCAGAACUUCAUCAUCUGCAUCGAGAUGUUCUUUGCUUCCAUUGCGCUGCGCUAUGCGUUCACCUGCCAGGUGUACAGAGAAAAGAAAGAAAACUCAACAGCAAACCUUGCCCCGAUGCAGAGUAUCUCAAGUGGGCUGAAGGAGACCAUAAGCCCCCAGGACAUCGUGCAGGAUGCGAUCCACAACUUCUCGCCUGCGUACCAGCAGUACACCCAGCAGUCCAUGCAGGAGGCAGAGCGCAAAGUGCCGGGAGAGAAUGGGCAAGUGGCCUCCAAGCUGGAGGGACUGAGCAGCAGAAAGAGCAAAAACAUUGAGAAGAAAGUGCUGAUCGUGUCGGACGAGGACCUGUAGGAAACAUCGGAGGGGACGGUAACACUGGAGAGGUUUAAACCUGUGCAAGUGGCAGCUGUCUCAAGGAUGAGACAACCUGGUCUAAUUGGAGUACCAAGAAGCCAGGAAUUGCACCCCAAAAGCCAGUCACUCAAAGGGAAGAUGCAAUAACCCAGGGAACUGUUAAAUCAAAGAGUGCCAGCUUCUGCUGUCCCAUCUCUGCUGCUGUUAGGGACUGGGCUGACUGCUCCUGUGACGCAGGAGCCCUGUGCUGUGGUCUGGGCUUUGCUGCCCCACUGCUGGUGUCUUGAUGCCAGCCCAGCGCCCACCCUGGGGGAUGGCAGGCAGGGAGGGGAGCUGGGCUGCAGGACAGACCAGCCACCCUCGCCCUUCCCUUACCUCCAACUAGCACUGAGGCCUGAGAGAAGUGCUUUUCUCAGCACAGUUCUGCUCUAGUUUCUCCCUAUUUGAAUAAAAAAUUAUCUCGAAAGGCCCCAUGGAGAAAACCAGCCCAGGAAGGUGACUUCGCUUCACCUCAAAACCUGGUAACAGCUGAAAGACGUCAUUCUUUAUUUUUACAUCUUCUCCCCUCUCCUUCCCCCCAAAAAGCCUACAGAGUUGUGCAGGGGAUCUUUAGCAGGGAGGAAGAGCAAGUCAUCCUCUUCUCCCUCCAGCUGGGGAUGCAGCUGUCCGAGUAACUCCCCCAGGAGCGGUGGCCGGACCUCACUCAGGGCACAGGCAGGGUCUCACAGCUGCAUUCUGCCGGUGUCAGAAGUGCUUGUUUAUGUCUAAAACGAGUUAUCUUUGAAUGGAUCAGAAGUUAAAAGGGAUUCCAGCUUUCUUAUCGGGGUCUUUAUUAGGGAACCAGACUGUGACUAGUGGUGCUAAGAAUGCACUUACUGGGAACUGCCCGUUCCUCCUAACCCUUUGCUAUUUACCGUCCGUAGGCUUUGCCCAACCUGCAGAAAGGCAAGCAGGACCUAAGCUCAGCUGGGUGACAGAAGCGGGGAUGGAGAGGUGUGAGGGCUGCUGCUGCUCAGGUCAGGACCACUGGCAGCAAAAGAUGCUGCAUGGAGGGACUCUCCCCAUAUCAAACAGUGAUGGAGAGCACAUAUCCUUCUGCUAAAAUUCCCCUCUGAUUUUUUUUUUUUGCCCCAGUGUUUUUCAAUUUUCAGUCCAAUUUCUAUUCCCCUGUUAAUCAGAUGAUCCCUGGUAAUUAACUCGGGCACUGUCCAGGCUGUUGUUUGAGGGUGGGAGUUGGGUAGUGAAAAGACAAAGACAAGUCUACAGCCUCAGAUUUGCACUCGCAUGGCAAACAAAGCAAUGGGUAAGGCUUAGAGCCAUUUUACACACAACUCCUACUGGGAUUUGGUUUUCCUUGCUCUUCAGCUGCAAAAUGUAAAUCACAAUAUGAAAUUAUUUUAUUUAUGAAUUUUUUUCUAAUAAACAGCAAUUUCUACCGUGGAGCGAGCAAGUGUUUUCACUUAGCUCAGCAAGCAAAGCCCACGAUCUGCCUGUUCCUGUUCUAAUGCUGAUGCUCUUAAGAUCAACGUCCUCCCUGCCCCUCAAUGCUGGCCCAGCAGAAAUACCUGCACACGCAGCAUCCUGCACAUUUUGGCAUUCCCAUGGCAUUUCUGCUCAUCUUUUUCACUCCACAAACAGUGUGUGUGUCCCACUUCCUCUCUGCACCUCUUCCAACCCUUGCUUAAGCUGUGGAUGCAGCAAUUCAGAGCUGCUGAUUCCACUUUAGCCAAGCUAAGCCCAGACUCCAGCUGCAACAAGACAUCCUCUAUUUAUUAUUAUUGGAGAAAUCAUAUCUUGCUGUAAGCCCAGACUCUACGUGGGCAGCCUCUACCUAAGCCAGUCUUGCAAGUCCCUCUGCUCUGAAG